AUGGCUGAUCACUUCUUACCAGAACUGGAAAACCUUACACACUGUCUUAAUUUGACAGAUAUUGAUCCCAACACAGAGUUCAGCAAUUUAUUUCCAGGGAUCAUAGAUAAUCCAACACACAAUCACCCCUUUGGCUCAGACAUUCUUGACAAUCUUUUUCCUCAUUUGCUUUAUCAGUCACAUGGAAACUUGGAUAGUUUAAUCCCUGCUGGGUUAUUACUCCAUGAGGAUAACAACAAUACGGUGCCUCACGUUGCACUGAACGACUAUGGUAAUGGCGACAGGAAGAGGAAAGCAGCGGAAAAAAGCAUCAGCCCUGCUAAUUCAUUCCCUCGUGGUUCGAAAAAUGGGAUUGGAGGAAAAAAUGGUGCAAGAAAAGGAAAAAGGGUGAAAGGCAAUAAUGAGAAGAAAGAGCAAAAGGCAAAGGAAGUUGUUCAUGUUAGAGCCAAGAGAGGCCAAGCCACCAAUAGUCAUAGUAUAGCAGAAAGGACAAUGGGGAUGGCAGUAAUGUUGGAUGAGAUCAUCAACUAUGUGCAGUCCCUGCAAAAUCAAGUGGAGUUCCUUUCGAUGAAGCUCACGGCAGCAAGCGCGUUUUACGAUUUCAGUUCAGAUUCAAAUACUUCGGAGUCAAUGCAGAGACCAACGGCAUUUGAAGCAUUAAAUGCCCAGAAUGGAAGAGCCAACCCUGGACUGGCUUCAGCUCAUUUUGCUCCUUUGGUUCACAACUUUGAAUAUUAUCCUCAAUUGCCCCACAACAUAUGA